CUGUCUCCUCCUCAGUUCCCUCAUCUGGCCGGCCCCCCGAUGAGGGGCAGCCCAUCCAGUCCCGCAGGGCUGACUUGGGGUAGCCUGGCUCUACCUUCAGCUUCUGGUUGUUGAAUUUCCAGUAUUUGUUCCCCUUGUAGAAGUAAGUGAAGACUGCAGGGGUCAGCAAGAAGGUGGCAAGGAGAACAAGGGAUGGGGGCAGCAUCCAGAAGACCCACAGAGAGAAGAACAGAAGGAAAAUCUGUUUGCGUGAACCGCCCAGCCACCUCUGCUGACCUGGCUCUUCCUGCUGCCUCACGAUGCCUCAGCCCCAAGAACUGAGGGCUCAAGGGACCCACAGGCUUUGGUUUUCUGGCCCUGGGAUGUACCCCCCGCCCCCCAGGCUGCACCUUUCUCCAGGAUUAAAGCCCCUUUCCUCCCCACUCCCGAGGACGCUUCACAGGAACAGAGAUGGGAAAUCUUUCAGCUGUGUGUCAUUUCACCAGAGUGGUCUUUUAAAAAGAAGUCACAGAGCCUGAUGCAGGGCUCGAAAUCACAAACUGUGAGGCCACGACCGGAGCCAAAGUCUGACGCUUAACUGAUUGAACCACCCAGGCGCCCCACACCAGACUGGUCUUGAAGGUGGGUAGCUCUUGGUGAAUUUCUGCAGAGUGGCAAUGCUGGCUUUAAAAAUGCCACAGUUGGACUGUCCAAAAGGUGUACAAACAAUCGUAUUAUUUACAAGUCAUCUUUUAGCCUUAACACAUGGUGAAGCGUUUCCAGAUCCCUUUCCUUGAAUCAGCUCAGCAACACCCUUUGUUGUUGGGUCCACACUGCCACUAAGACUUCAGAUGAAAGAUGCUUUGGGCACUCCAGCCUCUCCGACACCCGAGAAGGGGAUAUUUUUGGUUAAGUGCUGCCUCCUGGCGGCAGCUCUACUGCCCGACACCUUCCCCUCCUGGUGGAGACCACUUCCUUUAACUGGGGAUCUCGAAGCUGAUGCAACAGCUUCUCCGAGGGGGCGGGGAGUUGAGACGCCCAUCCGAGAGACCCCUCCCCUGGCUCCCGGCGGGCGCCGCUCCCUUCCUCCUCCCCCACGGCACUUUGCAGUCCAGAGUCUCUCCGGAGUUUCAGCUUUGCAUCUCGGGGCCGGAGGCGGGGUUGCCAGGGUUUGGGGCCCUGGCCCGACCCCCGUCGGGCAGCCAGCGCGGGCAGGAUUGGGAGGGUGGGAAGAGGAAGCUGAGCGUCCCUGGGGCGGAGGACGCGCCCAAGGGUAUCCGCAGACCCUUCCCUGUCCCAGGGGUAGUGCAGCUGUGCCUGAGCAAAGAGAGAGCAGGGGAGCAGGUUGCAGGCCACCUCGGCUUUCGGACCCUGGCGCCCUUCCCUUCACCCACCACGCUCCCCUCCUCCAGCGCUUCCUGAAGCCCGGGGAGGGGCGGGGGCUGCUUGGCCAGGGGGAAGGAAGGGAAGGGGACGCCGGGUGGGGGUGGGUUGCUGGUCCCUCAAGGCAGACCCCGGUUUGGCCUCCGUAUCCAGACCUGGACGUCGGGGGCGACCAAGCUUUUAAGAGGGGCAUUGAGGGUGGGCGGCGGCUGGGUCGGGGUUUGGGAAGGCGAGGUCUCGGGGCUGCGGAUGCGGAACACCCAGGGGCCAAGGGAAAGAGGGUACUAAAGGGAGCCGGUAGGGGAAGGCGAGGCGGGGCUGGGGGCUGGGGAGUGUGGGAGAAAGGGGCAAAGGUGAGGUCGGCCUGCUGGCUGGACGGGGGCGGAGGGGUGUGGGGCCAGGGUCAUGGGGGAGGGGAGAACUGCGGGAGGGCGUCCCCUACGGGGUUUGCGGUUCCACUCUUGAACUCGCCUGCGUUCUCCUGAACCUGAGCCUCGCCUCCCUCUGCCUAGUCGUCGCUGAGCGGCCGUCGCAUCUUGCUCUCGCAGUGCGCAGACCGGUCACCUGAGCCUGGACGUGGGACCAAGCGGCCGAGAGCUUUUCGGAUCCGGGAAAGCGCGUUUAGAUGCGGGGCCUUUUGUUUUCCCAUUAAUGAAACAGGUUCAAUUCGAACCAUUCUAGGCCUCCCAGUAAAACAAAAUGAUACCCUCCCACUCCUUCAACCCAUUACUGUCAAAAGGAAUAAAUACUUCCAGAUACGACUUGCUUGGUUUAGGAGCCAGAGCAACAGACGCAUAUAAGUGGGUCAGAAGGGCAAGUUCAAGGACGUUCCCAGAGCCCAGGCUGCUGGGAAAUCAGUCUAGGAGGAACAGCAUUGUUUAUUCAUUCCUGUAUUCUUCCAGCAAUUAUUCUCGACAUGUGCUCUGCCCUGGGGAUACAGGGUGAAGAACGCCCCGGUGGUGCUUUCUUCUAGUGAGGGAGGCGCCCACAAACAGACGAACUCUGGGGGUGGUCGUGCCCUUGAAGAAAGUCCAGCAUGGUGAAGGCGUGAAGACCGACAGAAGGAGGAAGUUGCUCCAUCACAGACUCCUCAGGGAAGGCCU